AUGACAUUCUGUGCGGACAGCUCGCUGGCUGGCGCAGACGGUGCCGCAUUGGCGCCCACACGGCCGCGGUUCCGGAGGGACCUGUCACCAGAGGGCACGCCGUGCGGCCUCGCGGCGACGCCGGACUCGGUCCCGCUAGUGGUGUACGGCAGGGAGGCGCCCUACGGCCAUCCACCCUGGCAGGUCGCGCUCUACCUGCUGCACGAUGGCAUCUGGACCUUCUGGUGCGGUGGCAGCCUCAUCUCCAGCCAGGUCGUGCUCACAGCAGCGCAUUGCCUGUGGCGCUUGGAACCGCCCAACCUGCGAGUGGCUCUGGGCAAGCACUACCGGAAGUACAGCAUACACAGCAAUUUCACCCAGAUCAGGGACGUGCAGGAUCUGAUUCUGCCGCCGACGUACCAGGACCAGGAGGGACACUACGCGUCUGACCUGGCGCUCGUGGUGCUGGCCGCGCCCGCCAACUUUUCGGCGGCCGUGCAGCCCGUCUGCAUAGACUGGGAGCUGCGCCACAUGGACCGGCAACUCGCCCCGGGCAGCAUCGGACAGGCAGCUGGGUGGGGUAUGAACGAGUACGACGAUUUCGCUGACACGCUGCACGUCGUCGAUAUGCCAGUCAUCGACGACAGACGCUGCAUCGAGGAACAAGAGCGAGACUUCAGAAAGUACGUGCGUUAUACCACGUUCUGCGCCGGUUACCGUAAUGGCAGUGGCGUCUGCAACGGCGACAGCGGGGGCGGGCUGGUGUUCCAGACGGACGAGGGCGCCUGGUACCUGCAAGGCGUCGUCAGCAUCAGCCCGCGCCGCCGCGGCACCUCCCUCUGCGACCCGCACUUCUACACCGUCUUCACCAAGCAUCUUUGUGCCGUCAUCAGUGAACGCUGUUAG